AUGCGAGCCGCGUUGGAUGAGGGAGUCGGCUGCUUCCCCUACGGCAUCCUCCUCGACAAGACGUUCGGCUUUCUGAAGCAGAUUGAGGACAUGAUCAACAGCGGCAAGCAGCCGUUUUUGGCCAAGCGAGCCUCGAUGCAUUAUAAGGACAACUUGGAGGGUAUCAUGGAGGAGCGGCUAGGAGAGAGCGCAAGGCUGAAGGCCGCGCACAAGCUCAUCCGGCUCGACUCGUUCUUGGUGGAGACCUCGGUGCAGAAGAUGGAGAAGGAUAAUGCGAAGACUCGAGACGACAUUAUGUGGGAAAUGGAGCAACUACAGCAAUCGAAUGAAAAAGGGAGUAGAUUCCUCAAUGAUCUCUGC